AGAUCUGAGUGUUUUGGCUCUGGGCAUAUUGCAGCUGCUCUCUCUCUUUCUUUCUCUGUUUUUUUUUUUUUUAAAUAAUAAUAAUAAUUUGUUUAAACUUAUAUUGAACAUUUUAAGUCAUUUAUUGAAUAACAGAACAGAUUACGGACUUGCAAAAGAUGAAAAGACUGAAGGAGCCAAAGCCAAUCAGAAUCAAUAAAUAUCUCUUCACGCUUGACGCCCUUCAGCUCUCCCCGCCUCUCUGAGUCUUCUGGUUCAUCUCUCCUUGGAUUUUCUGAAUCCACCAACAGAGACGAACCCAUCUGCGGCUUUCCUCUUUCUUGAUUCUCUCCAUUCGCUUUGAGGGAUUCAGGCUAAUGGGUUUAGCGAAUGCACGCAAGAGAUUUUCUUUAAUCAUCCGAGAUAUUUCUUUUUUGGAGUUUUGAGGCUAUGGGUAGAGGUAGAGGUAAAGGGAAGAAGUUAACUGUCUCCAAUCCUGAGGAUCCUGGCAGUGGUGAGGAAGAAAAAAUUCCAGCUCAAAAGAGAAGGGGGAGGCCGCAGAAGCCCCUAAAGGAUGAGAUUGAUGAAGAAGAAGCUGAAAAAUUAGAAGAGGAAAACAGUGAGAUUGCAAAAGCUGGUAUAUCGAGCAAAGAGACAAAAAGUUUGGCUGCAGCAGAAAAUGGAAAGAAAAGGAAGCGGCAGUCACAGGCAAAAGAGAAAACUGAUUCAGUCAAAGAGGAGAAUGGAAAUGGAACCAGAUCAAGCACUGAUGACUCAAAUAAGACCAAUGGAUUUCGUCAUAAUGGGAGCAGGCGCAAAAGCAAGCCACGUCGAGCUGCUGAAGCAGGUGUUAAGUGUUAACUGCAAGUGAAGUUGUGUUUAGCUACCAAAAAGGAUUUCUUCCUCAUUAUAUCGCUAGAUAUUUCACGCAAGUGGGAGUGAAGUCUAUCAAAUCUCUAGUUUCAUAAUGUUCUUUUGUUUCAUGUUCCCUUUUUUUGGUAAUCUCUUUCUUUAUUUCCAUUUUUAUUUAAUUGGGAGGUUUGGAAGCGAUUUUGCAUAUGGUAAUCUUCCUAAACCCUCUUAUAUUUCAUAUUUUUGCCAUAUCUUGUAUUAGAAGUUUGCACACCAUGUUUAACUAAUUGCCUUCUCCUUUGUGAUUUUC